UUACAACUCUUUCAGCAAAGGAAGCUUAAGUCGGCUUUUCCACUCGCUUGUGACCGUUCUCGACAAUUUCCUUGCUGCCUCUGCAGCGUCGUCACUAUGGCUGACGAUUCCAAACCCAAGGGAUUCCCCGAUAUCCCGUCAAAGCUGUCUGCGCCGCCCAAAAAGUCCCUCUUCGAACGCCAAAAGGCUGAAGCCGAAGCCAAACGCGCCCGCGAGCGCGCUGAGACGGCCGCUGUCUACGAGGACUUUGUCAAAUCGUUCGAAGAUGAUUCUCCAGUACCUGAGCGACUAUUGACGGAGGGGAAGCCGAACAGGUUUGGGAAUAGAAACCCCGCCUUCGGAGGCCCUGCAAAACGGCAUUUCACAAGCUCAGGUCCGCGCGUGAGCGGCCCUGGGACUUUAGGACCGCCCGCAUCAUCGCUUUCUCGCAAACGCACUCACGAAGGCUUCCAGCCGCUACAUCGAAAUCGAGACUCUGCUCAGGGCGUUCUAGGAUUUGAGAACACUGCCUCCAUUGCCUCAUCCACCGCAUCGGCUUUUCGAGUAUCGGACGACGAGGACGAGGGAGCUGCUGAGACAAAGGAGGCUGAGAGGGCUGCGGCCAAACCAACACUAUAUCUUGCUUCCUUGCCACCAGGAACGUCGCCCUCUGUCAUAAAGUCUUUGAUUCCGACAGUUCUUAAUGUCGACAAUGUCAAAUUUCUACGACCGUCUAGCCAGUCUGCGACUGAUCGGAAAUCCGUAUCCGCCAUUGUGACUCUCGCGAACGAAUCUGCUGCCUCUGAUAUUGACAGUGCCGUUAGCGCCCUUCAAAAUAGAUAUUUAGGCUGGGGUUAUUAUUUGUCAAUUUCCAGACAUCUCUCCUCUGCUGCAAUAGGUUCUGCUGUGCCAGUCGGUCUCUCAUCCACAAGUUCUCUUCCAUUCGGUGCAAAGGUAAUUGCCCCUGAUGUUGGGGGGCGAUUAAAUCGGGCUCCGCCGCCUAGCUUGCACAGGGGUGGGUUCGCACCUCCAACCUCAUACGGACCAACAUACGGCGGGGGCGGACCCUCCACUCAAGUUGAGGUGAAGGCACCUUCCGACCUCAAGCAACUAAAGCUAAUACACAAGACCUUGGAAAAUCUGUUGAACUAUGGUCCAGAAUUCGAGGCCCUUCUCAUGAGUCGUCCUGAAGUUCAAAGACAAGAAAAAUGGGCCUGGCUUUGGGACGCAAGAAGUGCUGGUGGUGUCUACUAUCGGUGGAAGCUAUGGGAUGUGGUCACCAAUAGCCGUUCCAAGGGGUCUCAAAGAGGAAGGUCACAACCAUCAUUGCCAAUAUUUGAAGGUGGCGCAAAUUGGGUGUCCCCAGAUGCAGGCCUGAAGUUUGAGUAUACCACUCGUUUGGAUGAGUUCGUCUCUGACGACGAGUACGAUUCUUCAGAUGAAGAUAUGUCCGAUAUGGAAGACGAACGACGAAACCACGGUGGACCACCUGCUCCUGAGGGACCAGGGACGGGGAACGAAGGACUUGGAUAUAUGAAUCCACUUAAGAAGGCCAAAUUGGCCCAUCUCCUUGCUCGACUGCCUACAACUCAUGCAAAACUACGGAAAGGCGAUGUGGCGCGGGUCACCACAUUUGCCAUCGAACACGCGGGAGCAGGGGCCGACGAAGUCGUGGAAAUGAUCGUGUCAAACAUCCUGGAGCCAUUUGCGUAUACUGGGGCGAAUCCUGACCGCGAGCUAGAGAAAGGGCUUACCCGCAAAGAGCAAAGUGGGGAUGGCCCGAAUGCGGCGUCAAUAGAUGAUACAGCCAAGGAAACGCUAGAUACAUCUGCUGCGAAGCUAGUCGGCCUUUACAUGGUUUCGGACAUCCUCUCCUCAUCUGCUACUAGUGGUGUGCGUCAUUCCUGGAGAUACAGGCAACUCUUCGAAGCGGCGCUGAAAGCUCAUCACGUCUUUGAACAUCUAGGGAAACUCGAAAAGGAGUAUGGCUGGGGGCGGUUAAGAGCAGAGAAGUGGAAACGCAGCGUCGGUUCGCUUCUGCAUCUCUGGGAAGGAUGGUGUGUCUUUCCGCAGUCAAGCCAGGAACAUUUCUUCGAAGUAUUCGAGAAGCCGCCGCUUACAGAUGGGGAACUACGAGAGGAGAAAGAGAAAGCAGACGCCGAACAGGCAGCUGCUGCAUUCUCAAAGAACAAAAGCCGCUGGAAGGCGGUGGAUGAAGAUUCAUCCACUGCGCGAUUCGACCCAAGCCGGCCUACUGAAGUCAAACCCGCGCAAAUGGACAUGAAUCAGGCAGAAGCAGGGGACAUGAAUUUGGACGGAGAGCCAAUGAGUGAUAUCGACGGCGAGCCAAUGGAGGACAGUGACCUUGAGGCUCCAGAUGGUGAUCCCCUAGAAGAAAAAGACGCAACGCCGUAUGAGGAGCAACCCAAGGGGCAACCUGAAAAACAGCCUGAAAAGCCUCCCUCGCCACCCGCUGGGGCAGCUCGCAAGCGGGCUCGACCUAGAGCAGAGGAUAUGUUUGCAGAUUCAGACUCAGAGUAACAAGGAAGGCUCCUAGGGGGGUGUAUUAAAAUAAAUUAUUAUGUACGAUUUGAACCAAGCGAUGCAGCAAUAAUGAC